AAAUCAAGUACACAAAAAAUAAUAAUAAAAGCUUGUCAAAGCAGAAAUCAAUUGUAUUGGAUAUCCUACGAAAAUAUAAAUUCUUAUGGGCAAACCAAUACAAGUCGAUGUGGAGCAUUGUGGAUUAUGUGCGGCACAUGCCCGGCAGUGUAGGACACUGCAAAAAUACAUAAUGAAAGAACAACCAGAUACGGACCUAAUUUGUCAUGUUGGGCGUCGCGGUUCCUUUGAAGUUAUCGUAAACGGUAUGUUGGUACAUUCGAAAUUGAAAACCCAGGCUUUCCCAUCACAGGAAGAAAUAUUGCAGAGCGUGAUAAAUGUCCGUGAAGGUUUGCCACCGAAAUACGUGAGGUCAGAAAAUUCUUGUUCAUUGAUGUAAAACUUCUAUUGUAUGUACGGAUUU